CAUGGAAACUAAUGAAGUAAAUCAGCAUGCAUUUGUUUCGGAAGAAUGUCCUCCAUUGUCUUCGGAGAAUUUAUCAGUUAGACCACGGAAGCUUACGUUGUUUGAGUUUAUGUGGAUGGAAAUUUCACGCGGUUAUUCUUUACAAGAUGAGCAGGAUCGCUAUACAGAAAAGAGAAAGAAAGUUUACGCCUUCAUCCGUAUCCCGUUGGAAUUGGAAAGGUUUAUUUUCUUUGGCCUCAGACAAUGUUUGGAUGCUUUCUGUCACAUGUUCACCUUUUUACCUCUUCGAAUUAUAGUAAAUUUUUUUGGAUGUCUUUCCAGAACAAAAAGUUGGACUGCGGCAGAUACUUGUGAUAUUUUAAAAGUUUUGAUAAUUGUUUGUUCUUGCUGGUUUAUGCAAUUUGUAGAUACAUCAAUGAUGUAUCAUUUAGUAAGAGGUCAAGGAGUAAUUAAAUUGUACAUCUUUUAUAAUAUGCUUGAAGUCGCAGACAAAUUAUUCAGCAGUUUUGGUCAGGAUGUUUUGGAUGCUCUAUUUUGGACAGUUUCUGAGCGUGGAGAGCGUUUCAACUUUUUAUCAGCAAUUUUUCAUCUUUUUAUGGCAAUAGUUUAUGCUCUCACCCAUACUCUUUUGAUUUUGCUUCAAGUAAAUUUUUUCUUUUUAAAGUUAUUUUUUUUAAUUUUUGGCAACAACUUUGAAUGUUGCUUUUAAUUCACAUA